ACUUUUCCAUGACAGCAAGUGUGAAUGGGAAAAAAUGGUGGGCACAGGGAGUAGUUUAGUUCCGGUGGUUUUGAUCCUGGCCAGUUUUUGGACCGCAGGAUUCGCCUUAGAUUGUUACAGUUGUACCGGCAAUGGUUGUGUAGAUCAAAAUACUUAUCUCAAUAUCGCAAGUUGUGCUGCUGAUGUUACGGGAUGUUAUGCAAAAUUCACAGGGCUGACGGUGACCGAACGAGGGUGUAAGCUUGAUACUGUGGAAUGCACUACGGCGGAUUGUGAGGAGUGUCAAACGGAUGAAUGUAACGGACUCAGUGUUCCUACUCAUACAUGUGUCAGUUGUUCAUCGGUGGUUGAUACUAACUGUGUCGGAAGUGUGCAAAGUAUCGCUCCAUCACGAUGCGAUGCCGUCACGAUUGAUGUUACAGAAAACCAGUGCUACACGCGAGUUAUAGGCGGCGUAACAGAGCGUGGCUGCGUCGUUUCGAACAGUGAGUUAGAUGCCGCCAACUAUGCGGAUUAUUCGGAAACCUGCACAGGCGAAGGAUGCAACACCGGAAUAGUUCCGAUUACCCGGCAAAAGUGCGUUAAAUGUGUAGGAUCGAGUUGCGACACCGUUACCACGAUCGAUUCCAAUUCCUAUUGCGACUAUCCCGACGAUGGCUGUGUUGUGCUAAGGAGAACCGAUGGAAUCUACUAUAAAAAUUGUCAGAUGGCAAUGUCCACUUCCGAUCAACAACUGUGUUCGUCACAAUCCGCUAGCUGUGCAUUUUGCAUUGGACAAGAGUGUAACACUAAAGACCUGAGUACGCUCAAAGCGGCCGGAGAGCGGAUGUGUCAUUCCUGCAUGGGAACGAACUGUCUGAGAGCAUCGGUUACCCUAGAAACCUGUGCCAACAGUGACGAUGACUGUUACGUUGUUUUCGAGGAAUACAAUGCUGUUCAGCGAGGGUGCGUUUCCUCAAUCACCGAUGAAGUGAUAAAGAAUGCCUGCCAGGAUGAUACCGAUGACAGCUGUAUCGUAUGCUCAACCGAUGAAUGCAAUUUGAUCAGCAGCAAGAAUCACCAAUGCUUCUACUGUUCUUCAGUUUUAAACACCAAUUGUAUCACCGGUACCGGCAUAAGUUCAAUAGCAUGCCCUGCUCCGACAACGGAAGUGACGGAGGAUGCUCAGUGCUACACUAGGGUGCUUGGCAUGGUGACAGAAAGAGGCUGUCUAGGAUCACCCACCGAUGAUUUGCUUUGUAAGCCGGGGGAGAACUGCGAAACCUGUAAAAUUACAAACGGUGCCGCAUGCAACAGUGGACUGUAUCCAGCUGCCAGGAUAAAGUGCGUUAUUGGUAGCACGGCCAACGCUUACUGCGGAAAUCCUACCGAUAGCUGUGCACAAAUCUCACAAAAUUCUGUCAUAACCAAGAAAUGCAAAGCCGGUAUGACAGCGGAUGAAGUAUCCUAUUGCGCAGCUAAUAGCAACAAGUGUUCAUUUUGUUCCGGGGACAACUGUAACCAACAGGAUAUUAACUUCAACUACAUCGAAUGUUUAACAUGCAAUUCAGCAGACUCGACUCAAUGUCUAGCUUCUCCGUUGUCAAUUGGAACCAUCGAAACGUGUUCUUCAUCCUGUGCUACGGUCAUGGGAACGAACGCCGCUGGAGCCCAGUACAUUCGUCGAGGAUGCCAAAGCUCCUUGUCUGAGGCUGAAAAGCAAAUUUGCACUGGCUCCAACAGCAACUGUGUAACCUGUACAGGAAACCGUUGCAACACGGGCAUUGUUCCGCAAUCCCGGUUGGCGUGCUACACUUGUCUCGGAGGGAACUGCUUCAGCCAGCAGACCAUCAGCCUGCAAUACUGCCCCAGCUACGUGGAAAACGAUAGCUGCGUAGUACUGAUGGACAGCCAAGAUCUACUCGUAAGCAUGGGUUGCAAAAGUUCACUUAGUACCCAACAAGCUGCCGCCUGUAAUAAUAAUCCUGCUAGCUGCAAGACCUGUAGCGAAUCGCAGUGUAACGCACCUUCUAAGUAUAUUCCGCGAGCAGCUUGCGUCCAUUGUAGCAGUAUUUCUGACCCGGACUGCCAGCAUAAAGCUUCCAGCUUCGAAGCUGAGCCGUGUGCAGAUCCCCUAAACACAAAAUGCUACUCAAGGUUCACGUCUAGUGGUGCGAUAGAACGUGGUUGCCUCGCCGAUCUUGUUUCCAAUGAUAGGGUACGCUGUCUGUCUGGUGUAGAUUGUCUGGUUUGUUCGUCACCAACCGGAACCUGCAACAAUCUGGAGUACCCGGUCAACCCGGAACAAAAACUCCAAUGCUACCAAUGUGUUUCGACCCAAGACCAGACCUGUAAAGGGUCUCAGAUCGGGAAAACACUUAAUGAGUGCUCAACGUUUAACUCUCAGAACCAGUGUUAUACGAUUGUUGCGGCCAACGGAGACACGGUGCGUAAGUGUUCGACCCAAUCACGAGACGUGGAAUGUGCCGGAUCGCAGCUCUGUGAAGUUUGUAAGUUCAAUGGCUGCAAUAACCGUCCGUCUACGGAGAUCACCCCGUACAAUACGACCACCACAACUCCGGCACCUACCAAAUGUGGGGCUACAGGACUCCUGGGAGCCGGAAGUAGUAAUUUGUUUGCAGUACUGGCAACAAGUUUGCUGAUGGUAGUUGCUUCAUCGAUCUUCAAAGUGUAAAGGAUAGAAAAUAGCGGAAAAAUUAAGAAUGGAAAAUACAAGACUUGUACUCAGUUA